AUGAAGUAUUUAUUAGGGGACAGAGCUGAACGUCAAGGUAACAAGAGUUCAGGGAUAAAGCCACCUGCGGUAUACAGAAAGGAAUCCACCUCUGCUUCAUCUGAUAGCGAAAAGACUGAGCUGGAUCUGGAGGAUCAGAAUGUAGUUGAAUCAGAACUCAAAGACGCAACUUGCCAGAUGGAGACAAUUGGAAGAGGGCUUAAAACUGCAGAGAAGAAGCCAUGUAAAGAUGAAGGAAAUAAUCAGAAUAUGGAGAUGGAGAUAGCGUCUUUAAGAUCUCCUUUGACUGAAACUGGAUCAGCAUCAGUAAUUGAUCUCAGAAAUGAACUUGCCAGGCUGCAUAAUGAGAAUACUAAUCUCCAAGGCAUUGUGAAAGAAACACAGUCCACAGAGUUCAAAGAAAGCUGUGAUGAUUCAGGAGAUGGAGAAAUCAAAAAUGAUCUAAAUAAAGUGGUGGAAAGGUUAAAAGCAGAAUUAGUGGAUGCCAGAAAAAUUAUCAAACUCCUAAAGGAACAACUGGAGCUUAACUCCUCCAUGGACAGUGAAAACAGUUUUAAUCCAGACCUGAUUGUAAACAUGGCUAAAGAAAUUGAUCGUCUGAAAAAGGAACAUGAAGCCUCCACAAAAAGAAGGGUAAUCCUGGAGAAAAUCCUAAAGGAAAUGGAGGCACAGCAGCCAAGGGGUAUUGAUGAAAGUGACCAGCGAAGAAAUUCACAGGAAACAUUACAACGGCAAGAAGCAAGGAGAUAUGCAACACCUGGGUCCACAACUGGUGCAAAGUCCCGUCUUCCUGUUCCUGUGAAGUCCUCCAAGGCAGCAGUCAAUAAUAAUACUAACAACGGAGCUAAUCGGAACACAGACCUGGACCCACAAGUUGAACAGCUUCAAAGUGCCCUUGAGGAGAAGAACCAAGAGUACAGAGAACUGCAGGAAAGUUUACGCACAGCAGAGCUCACCCUUACACAUCAGAAAGUGAACAAAACGGAAGCUACUCAGACCACAGACCCAAGUAGUGACUCGAUCCUUUAUAAGCAGAUAGAUCAGCUUCAGAAAGCACUUCAGGAAAAGAAUCAACUUAAUAAAGAGCUGCAGGAAUUGCUAUGCAAAGCUGAGUCUGCACUAGUAAGUCAGAAUACUGAUAGAACAGGUCAUCCAUAUAAAGACCUGGGUCAUCAACGGGAAGAGAAGCUUCAGAAAGCCCUUCUGGUAGAUCAACUCCAGAAAGGUUUUCAGGAGAAGAAUGAGCUUAACAGACAACUUGAGGAAAGGUUAUCUGGAGCAGAGGCACGUCUGAAUGUGAACAGAACUUCAACUAGUACGAACACAGACCUGGACCUUCACCAGUUGCAGAAAGCUCUUCAGGAGAAGAAUCAGAUUAACAAAGACUUGUUGGAAAGACUACAUGGGGCAGAGUCUAUCAUAGAACAUCUAAAUGGUAAUAAAGGUGUAGCUAAUCAGAACGAAGACAUGGAACUUCAUCAGCAGGUUAACCAACUUCAGAAAGCCCUACGGGAGAAGUGUGAACUUAACAAGAAACUUGAGGAAAGACUAUAUGAAGCAGAGUCAACCUUGACAGUUCUGAAUGCUAACAGAGCUUCAGAUAGUACAAACAUAGACCUGGACCUUUGCCAGCUGCAAAAAGUCCAUGAGAAGAAUCAAAUCAACAAAGACUUGCUGGAAAGGCUACACAAGGCAGAGUCAACCAUAGAACAUCUGAAAUCUAGUAGAGCUGUGGCUAAUCAGAAUACAGACGUCAAUCUUUCUCUGCAGGUAGAUCAGCUUCAGAAAGCCAUUUUGGAGAAGAAACAACUUUACAAAGAGUUUCAGGAAUUACUACAGACAGCAGAAUCUACCCUAGAGGCCCACAAUGCUACUGGAACUUUAGCUAGUCCAAAUAAAGAACUGGAUCUUCAUCAACAGGUAGAUCAGCUUCAGAAAGACCUU